AAAAAAAAAAAAAGAUGACCGAAAAAUGGGAUUCAGCACCACAUUUGGCAACCCGGUGAAGGCCGAGGCUGCUUCGCGUGCUGUUGCAAGGAGGCUUGUGAGCUAACUGCUAAUACAAUAUGCCACCAAAAGGAAAGGGUGGCAAAGGAGCAAAGGGUGGCGCCUCGGACAGUGGAGACGGAGACAAGAAGGAGAAGAGUCAGAAAGGAGGCACUGCAGUGAAGGUGCGUCAUAUUCUUUGUGAGAAACAUGGAAAAUGCAUGGAGGCUAUGGAGAAGCUGAAGUCCGGAGUGCGCUUUAGUGAAGUGGCAUCACAGUACAGCGAAGACAAAGCUAGACAAGGGGGUGACCUGGGCUGGAUGACCAGAGGAUCAAUGGUGGGACCAUUUCAAGAUGCUGCGUUCGCAUUACCUGUCAGCACAAUGGACAAGCCUGUAUACACAGAUCCUCCAGUGAAGACAAAGUUCGGCUACCACAUCAUCAUGGUUGAAGGGAAAAAGUGACCCUUGUACCCAAGUAGACCACAUGGCUCACCAAGUGUUUACUUAUUCAUGUGUUUUUUUUAUGGUGUAAAUAUCAGUUAAUAAAAAUAAAACUGAAAAAAUUC